UUCUUGGAUCCCAAAAGUUUGAAACUUUCAUGGAUUUGUCCUUCUUCUUCUUCCUCCAACUGUUUCUUUCUCACAAGCAAACCCUAGCGAGAUAAUUCCUCCAGCAAAUCCAACUGAAGAUGGCUGAAGAUGAAGAUCAUUAUUGUGAACAACACCUGAUUGGUCCAUUGGAUCACAGUUCGUCAAUGGUUGUCAUCAGAGAAUCGCCAAUUUUCGCCAAGGACGAUGGCGUUGUGUUCCCGCCGAUCUACCAUGAGAAUCUCCAUGUCGCUUCUUCCGUCUAUGGAGUCGAUAGAUACCUCGAAUCUCCGUCGGAAUCCUCGUCUCCGUCAUCUUCGUCGAGACGCUCUGGUUCAUCUUCUUCUUUUUCGUUGUUUCCUUCUGAUUCAGAUGGACAAACGUCACUGACUGCGUUUGAAUUUGACCGGAAGGCUCCGUCGGAAACUGAAGAAAAAUCUCUGCCGUUGUUGUUAAGCGGUGAAUCUCCACCGUCCGAUUCGGGGGAACAGUCGCCAUUUGAACAGAUAUCUCCGCGAUUACCUUCUGAACAAGGCGGCAAGUCUCCACCAUGCGAUUCAGAUGGGAAAUUACUGGGGAAACCAUUGAAUCGUGAAGUUGAUGUCCUCCACGAUUGGUGGGAGCCUCUUCUUGUACGUUUAUACUCCAAGUUGAAGAAUUUGUUGACCUGGUUCUCAAAGACUAUCCGAUCAUUUUAUCCAGUUCUUGCCAUUGCGAUUUGGUGGUGGAUGCGUGUACGAGCUCCUCGGAAACGCGUUAAAGGAGAAAACAUGGAUCAUCUUCGAGAUGUGAUCAAAGAGAGAGACGAGAGGAUAGUUCAGCUUUUGCAUCAACUUGCUCAAAUGAAUGAGUUACUGUUAAAGCACCACAAGGACAUUGUAUCAAGAAGAAGAUGAUCCAUCACAAAUUCAAACCAUUUUAGCUUAUUGAUUCUUUUGUUUCUUGUUUAUAUUAUUUCGCAAGCCACUCUCUUUCUGUAAAAUUCUUCCAUUUUAAUCUCUCAAUUGAGAUAAAGAUGUAAAUUUUCCCAUUGUUACGAGUCAGAGUUACUUCACUUC